GAGGGAAGGAAGGGAAGGAAGGCCCCAGUGGGCUUAUUUCCCUGUUGGUUUCAGGAGAAAUGCCCUCAGUCCCCCCCAGUGAUGCUUGGGGGUGGUGGGGUAGAAGGCCAGGCGACUGGUUCCUCCUUCCAGGGUGCUGACAGCUCCCUAAAUUCUUGACUGCCAGGUGCAGAGUCUCUGCAGUUCUCCCAUGUGGGGUUUGUCCCCACACCUGCGCAGGAGGCCCUUGCAAGAAAUAGGGGAAAGAUGGGGAAGCGGAUUGCCAAUUUCAGAAGCAGCCCCCAUCUCCAGAAGGACGGCACACAGCAGGUUGUAAACAGAGGUGCUCCGGAUGGGAUGGAAGGAACAUUUCUUUCCAUCUCAGCCCAAAGAGUCCAGAGAUGGUCACCUCAGACCAACCUGGAUGGUGCCACACUAGUUUAUUGGCACAGGAGAAACCGAAGCUCCACCUUAUGGCCUCAUUAUUCUGCUGGAGGGACCUUUGAGCAACGCACCAAGACGUUCCCAGCUUUCUUCCUGCAAGGAGCUGCACCCUGUUGAGCAAACAGCUGCGUGAGAAGACUUUCCUGGGCCUGCGGAUUGCCACGGUUAGAAGACUUGCCAUGCGUGUCGCCGUGAUCGGAGCUGGGGUGAUGGGUCUGUCCACAGCCCUUUGCAUCCAUGACCGAUAUCACUCUGUUUACCAGCCACUGCAGCUGGAGAUCUACGCGGAUGAAUUCAGCCCUGGCACGACCAGCAGUGGGGCCGCCGGCCUUUGGCAGCCCUACCUGUAUGACAAAGGAAAGACGCAGGAAACGAUCUGGAACAAAGAGACUUUUGAUUAUCUGCUCCGACAUGUUAAUUCACCAGAAGCCAAGGAGAUGGGGCUGUUUCUGAUCUCUGGAUACAACCUCUUCAGACGACCGGUUCCCGAUCCAUCAUGGAAGCAUAUUGUCUUGGGAUUCAGGAAACUGUCCCAGAAGGAGCUCGAGCUGUUCCCCGGCUACAGCUUCGGUUGGUUCAACACGGCCCUGAUCUUGGAGGGCAAAGUCUAUCUCACCUGGCUUACAAACCAGUUGGCCUCACGGAAGGUCCAGUUCUUCCAUCGGAAAAUUAAGUCCUUCCAGGAGCUGACCGCUGAAGGAGUGGACGUGGUGGUCAAUUGUACCGGAAUUCGUGCCGGAGAACUACAGACUGACCCUGAGCUGCGUCCAGGCCGAGGACAGACCAUCAAGGUCGAGGCCCCCUGGGUGAAGCACUUCAUCAUCACCCAUAACAUUGAUGCUGGGAUCUACAGGGAGCCCUACAUCAUCCCCGGGAGCCGUACGGUGACCUUGGGGGGUAUAUUUCAGCUGGGGAACUGGAGUACAGAGAACAACCCAGAGGAUCGUAGAAAAAUCUGGGAAGGAUGCUGCAAGUUGAUGCCCAGCCUCCAGGAAGCCAAGGUAGUCGAAGAAUGGAGUGGUUUACGCCCAUCACGCCCUGCCGUCCGGCUGGAACACGAGACCAUUCGCCACGGGACGCUCCGAUCAGAGGUGAUUCACAAUUACGGUCACGGAGGGUUUGGGCUCACCAUUCACUGGGGGUGUGCCAUGGAAGCAGCCAAACUCUUUGAGAAGAUCCUGGAAGGUCAGAAGUUGGCCAAGCCACCUCGGGCAAAUCUUUGAACAAGUGCAAAGGUGUCGCAAACCUUUCCGUGUUUUUGGUACAAAAAAAUGUCCUAAAUGUUGAUGGAACAACAUGGAGAGCUGCAGGUGGAAAGUUUGUAACCACAACAAUUGCAUGGAUUCCCAAGUCUAAGUACAGAUAAACCUCAAACUUUCCACGUG